AGUAUUGCCAUGGUGUUAAAAUACUACAACUCAACCCAACUCAACCAUCUAACAAAAACCCACAACACAGAUAAACAAAAUUAUCACUUCCCUCUCUCACAAUCUUCACUUUCAGGCAGCAAAUCCAGCAUUUCAAGGCACAAAAUCAAAUGGGUUUCAAUUCAAACAACAAUCAGAACUUGUUGUCUAAGAUAGCAACAAACAAUGGGCAUGGUGAAAACUCUCCCUAUUUUGAUGGUUGGAAGGCGUACGAUAGCAAUCCAUACCAUCCUACCCAGAACCCAAAUGGGGUUAUUCAGACGGGUCUAGCAGAAAACGAGCUUUGCUUUGAUUUGAUUAAAGAAUGGGUUGUGAAUAAUCCCAAAGCCUCCAUUUGCACUGCUGAAGGAGCAAAUGAAUUCAAAGACAUUGCUAUUUAUCAGGAUUAUCAUGGCUUGCCAGAGUUCAGAAAGGGUGUGGCUAAGUUUAUGGGAAAAGUGAGAGGCGAUAGAGUAACAUUUGACCCAGAUCGCAUUGUUAUGAGUGGUGGAGCUACUGGAGCUCAUGAAAUGUUGGCCUUCUGUUUAGCUAAUCCUGGUGAAGCAUUCUUGGUACCUACACCAUAUUAUGCAGGGUAAUACAUCAU